GCAGAUCUUGAGCCAUGUCGGUGUAUUCAGCCCUCCUGAACGGACGUGCAGCUGCAGGCUGCUGCAAGCUCUGGCGUGGUGUUUCCCGACCGCUCACCCACAUCAGAACAGCGAGUGUAGCUGAACCAGGCACAAGAAAAUCUGACGAAGAACAACUCUGGGAGGCAGCAGCAGGUUACCUACCAUUCAGCAGAGCCAGGAUAGGGCCUUUCUUUCAGGACCAACCAGUACUGAAGAACCCGUUUCUGGAGGAUGCCUUGCUCAAAGGAUACCUUAGGAGACACGUGCCUGAGGAGGCAGUUUUCUCAGAUUUGAGUGCGUUUGGAGAGCGUGUGGCCAAAGAAGUGGACACGUGGGGCAGAGAGUGUGAGGUCAACCCACCACGGUUGAUGCACUUUAACCCUUGGGGUCGGAGAGUGGACCACAUUGUGACCUCUGAGGCCUGGAAACGCAUGAAAGACCUAUCAGCCCAAGAAGGACUGGUUGCUAUUGGUUAUGAGAAAUCAUAUGGGGAGUGGAGUCGUGUUUAUCAGAUGAGCAAGUUGUACAUUUAUUCUCCCUCAUCUGGUCUCUACACGUGCCCUCUGGCCAUGACUGAUGGAGCGGCAAAGGUCAUCCAGUCCAUAGGUGUUUCACCACCAGUAGAAGAGGCCUACAGCCGUCUGACCUGCCGUCAGCCUGAACGUUUCUGGACAUCUGGGCAGUGGAUGACAGAGAGACAGGGAGGCUCUGAUGUGGGCAGCGGCACUGAGACGGUGGCUGUUCCCCAAACAGAUGGCUCAUACAAACUCCACGGUUUAAAGUGGUUUACCUCUGCGACGGACGCAGAUAUGACUCUUACUUUAGCAAGAGUGCAGGACAGAAGGGGAGCUACUACACCAGGAAGCAGGGGGCUGUCUCUGUUUUAUGCAGAGGUGAGUCGAGAUGAGGGCGGCCAGCUGAGGGGAAUAGAAGUUCAGAGACUGAAGGACAAACUUGGAACACGACAGAUGCCGACUGCUGAGUUACUGCUGGAUGGCCUGCCUGCAUACAGA